AUGCAGUCGCCUUCUUCCUUCACAACAGCAAACCAAGCAACAAGGCUAACUUAUAGAGCCAUGGCACUCCGACGACCCUCAUUUCCUCCAUUCUUGUUACUUUGCUUCCACCUGCUGGCUCCAUUAUACACAGCCUCCGAUGCAGCCGUGAGUUCACACAUGCCUCAGGCCAUGCAGUGUUCAACGUCCGGCAACUACACCUCUGGUAGUGCCUACGCUGCCAACCUGAACCAGUUCCUUGCUUCACUCCCGGAGAAGACCGUCUCCGAGAAUGGCGGCUUCUUCAACGGCACGGUCGGCGUGGGCGUGGGCACUGUGUAUGGCCUCGCAAUGUGCUCCGCUGACCACUCGCGCUCUGACUGCGGUGACUGCCUCGCGGCCACUGCUAGCAGCAGCGCUGAUGGUCUGCUGAACCGCUGCUCCGGGAGCACCACUGUGCUGGCCUGGUUCGACGCGUGCCUCGUCCGCUACUCAGACACCAACUUCUUUGGCGCAGCUGAAUUAGGUGUUAUAUACACGUGGCAUGGUGGUCCAACAUCCAGGCAGCCACAGCAGUACACUGACGACUUGGAGAGAAACUUAAACGUGGCGGCAAAGGCCGCAAUGGCCUCACCGCAGCGAUUCGGGGCGUCGUCGGGAUAUCCAUACAUGUUGGUGCAGUGCACGUGGGACCUGCCACCGGACCUGUGCAAGCAGUGCCUGCAGGUGUUGUUCUCCAGUUGGUCCAAGGACAGGGUUUCCCUAGAUGGCAAGCGCAGGACCUAUAGCUGUGCUGCUAGGUACAGCAACACCAGCUUCAUGGUUGUGACGUUCGGUGCUGCUCCUACGCCGCAAUACGUAGAUCAAGCGGCCAGAUCAGCUACUGCUCAGUCCAGCGGCGGCAAAGGUUCUCUGACAGCUGGUGUGGUGGGUUCUGUAGUUGGCCUAAUUUUGUUGGCUUGUGCAGGUUUGAUUUGGUAUGGAUGCAAGGGCACAGCAGGGAAUGAACGAAAGUUUUUUCGUUUGCAUAACACAAUACAGACACAGACGGACACGCAAACACUUGCACACCCAAAUGCUCACAAAUUCACUUACCAACAAUUGGUGGGUGCAACCCGUGACUUCGCAGACACACGAAGGCUUGGACAGGGUGCCUUUGGUGUUGUCUAUAAAGGUGCAGUGAUGGUGCAAGACAAAGAGGUGGACGUGGCUAUAAAAACGGCACUUGUUGUGUCAGAUGAAGCUAGGGCUGCCUUUAAGAACGAAGUUGAGAUUAUGAGCCCGCUGAACCAUUCCAACAUUAUACGUCUUGUGGGUUCGUGCGACGAAGAGGACAAUCUCUUGCUUGUUUACGAACUAGUGGAGGAUCGCAACCUUCAGGCUCGGCUUUAUGGCCGUGGUGCUCGUGUGGACGCAGAACUAACCGGUGUAAGGGCUCGGGGUUCAAGCCUUGAUCUAGAUUGGCGGAAAAGGUAUAACAUACUGCUUGGAAUAACCUGGGGUCUUGAAUACCUCCAUGCUAAAUGCGCUAAAUGUGUCCUGCAUAGGGACAUCAAGCCAGGCAAUGUGAUGCUGGAUAGGGACUCCAAUGCUAAACUGUGUGACUUCGGGCUGGUGACGCAACUCACCCACGCAAUAACCUCACGCUCGACGAACAACAUCAUUGGAACACAAGUCUACAUGGACCCAGCAUACCGGAACACCGGGAAGAUAACUAAGGAAUCUGAUGUGUACAGCUUCGGUGUGCUGUUGCUUGAGGUUGUAUGUGGCGAGGAGCCAGUCCUAAUUGACGGCGCUGGGAAAAACAGCCUCAUCGAGAAGGUCCGAGGAUGUGAGAAGAGAAAUGCCAUUCUCGAUGCAGCUGACCAACAACUAAGGGGCGAGUUUGAUGAGGAAAUCAAAGCAGCACUAUCGAUUGGGCUCUGUUGUGUCGAAACAAGACGUGGUGACCGUCCAACAAUCCAAAUUGUGUUGGGCCGGUUAUUAAGCCUGACCGGCAAAUUAGCUUCCAAUAAUGGCCAUCCAAACGCAGUGUGUGAUGAGGUGUGA